UUCUUAUCUUAUCGCAAUUCUCACUUACAUUUACGUACCACUAAUACGCGUCGUCGCGUCUUCACCCGAUUAUCAAAUCAAUCAAUCAUCAAUCAACAAUCAAAUCAACAAUAACAGCAUAAUAUUCAAUCUCAUAUAUAAAUGACGAUGUCUUCCGAGGAGCCACAAUCGCAAGACCUAUCUAUUGCAGAAAAGUUGGAUAAUGAGAUUGCAACGCUCAGAGCUCAAGUUGAAUCGUUAAAACGAGAUCUCAAGUUACAAACUGCUACCCUGAUAACGUCAGACUCGACGCUUCAGCUACUGAAGGCUGAUGCUGCGAAGAGAUCAGGUUCUGAAAAGCAAAAUGAUAGCUCUAGGUUACAGGAGCUGUUAGCAAAAGCUGACGAGCAGAACGCUCACAAGCAGCAAUGUCUUUAUAGAACGUGUGCUUCUAUCACCACCUUUAAAGUACGCGACCCGGAUCCUAACGCCGUGGAUGGUGGUAAUGUUUUGGGUUUGCGAUUCGAAGUCAUGUCCAAGUCCCGGUUCCUUCGACCUUACUAUGUCAUGCUGAACCGGCCUUACCCAAAUUCUGAGUUUCUGCGCAUUCACCGGCAUACCGUUCCCCAGUGCAUACCUCUUUCUGGCCUGGCAGCUCGGUAUCUACCUCCACCGGCAGCAAAGGAUGACGGCAGUGACACACCAAAAAGGCAGGCUUUAUCAAGCUUUGUGCGGACGUUAAGGCGGGAGUUGGUCCGUUAUCACAACCGUACGGCUGUUAUCGGGGACCUACGGAGCAUGGCAGGCUUAGAGAAUAAGAAGGGGAAGGCUAAAGAACUGGAGGUUCCAAUCACCGACAUUAGUGCGGCAGAUGCCCAAGCGAAGCAGAUCCGUGUCGAAUGGAGCGACGGGCGUUCAGGACGCCUGGUAAUGGAUGAUGAUGGCGACAUCAUAAAGAUGGUUGUACAAGGCGAGGAUGGACAGGACCGAGAGACUAUGAGACAAUUUCUUGGCGGAAGCCUCAGAGUCGAAGAUGUCGUCAAGCAGCUUGAAGGCGCUUGACCCCAGCGCAGGACCAAGAAGAAGGCAACAAACUCCCAAAUCGAAUGGGUCAUCUAUACCUUACCUGCUGAUAGAUAAUGGACAUUACGAACCCAGUAUCAAGCGUACCUAGGUAACGAAGAACCCGAAUAUCACCAGUUGCGAUAAUUUCGUCCUGUGUUUA